CUGUGCGUUAAAUUGGAACGGAGAAGUUCUCGUUUUGGCUCUUGGGCUCCAAAAAUAGCGUCUUGAGAGGACGACUGACGAGUCCAUUCUACCAAAAAAAUAAAAAAUAAAAAAGAAGACGAGUCUUUUUUUUUUUUCAUUUUAUUUUUCCACAUUUAUCUCUAUCUAGUAAACUGGGACGGAAGAAUUGAAGGUUUCCGAUUUUCUGUUUGGAACUGAUAUCCUCUGUAAAUAUUUAUGUAUUCACAUCUGAAGUGGGUUUCUGGGUCAUAAGAGAGAAGAGAGUAGAUUGAUUGGGUGUGUAGUCGGUUUUUUUCGUUUGUGGUUGUUCUAUGGCUGGUAUCUGACGCCAUGAGGAAGAAGCUCGAUACUCGUUUCCCUGCUGAAAUGUGGCAGCCUUAGCUGGAGAGUUGCCUCAUAUUUUGAUCAGGCAAUUCUCGGAUUAAAAAGAUUAUGCAAGCAGAUGAAGAUGUGGGAAAGAUUGCAAUGGCUGUGCCUCUUUUAGUUUCUAAAGCAUUGGAACUCUUUCUGCAAGAUCUCUGUGAUCGGACAUAUGAUAUAACACUUCAAAGGGGAGCAAAGACCAUGAAUUCUUUGCAUUUAAAGCAGUGUGUACAGAGCUUUAAUGUAUUUGAUUUCCUGAGGGAAAUUGUCGGCAAGGUUCCAGAUCUAGGUGGAUCUGAUGCAGCUGGUGAUGAUAGACCUGUUACCAAGAGAAGGAAAGUUGUGGAUGAUGAUGAUAAUGAUAGUGAUGAAGAGUCAAAGAGGAGCAGGACGCAUGAUAUGGGCCCCCCCAGUAGCAGUGGGAGGGGGAGAGGACGUGGCCGAGGAAGGGGUCGUGGUCGAGGCAGGUUAACAAUAGAGAGGGAGAGUGCCCAUUUGGAUAAGUGUGAAGAUGAUCCUGACAUUUUUCCUCCACACAAUGACAAGCAGAAUGCUAACCUUGAAGGGCUGGAAAAUGGGACUGAGGCUAAAGAAUCGAAGGAGAACAUCAUGAUUGGUAGUAGUAGUGUGAGUUCAGCAUUACGAAACUUUGAUCUAAAUGUGAACUUGGAUGAGAAUGGGGACAUGGCAGCUAUGGCAGCGGCAGCGGCAGCGGCAGCGGCGGCUGCAGCAGUAGCCCCUGCCUCAUCGACAGAACCUCCUGAAAUGAAGCAUGAGGAAUAUCCAGGCUGGUCGCAAUCCGAAAUAGACAAGAUGGCCAUUGACCCUCUUCAGUUGGCACAGCUCAACAGAAGGUUAGAGGAGGAUGAAGAAGAUUAUGAUGAAGAUGGAUGACUAACAGUGAAUUCCCAUCCUGUGGGGUAUGAUAGCAAUAACUCGUUACUGAUAUGUAGAAUAGAUGGUAAUGUAUUCUCUUGCUAAGAUAGAUUGUUAGGGAGCUUGGGUGGGGGAAACAAGAAGAAAAGGAUUCAUUGCAUCCACCACCCUCUGGAGAUGAAACGUCCCUCCACCAUAGAAAGGCUAAAAGUUGUUUUGGCCUCUCUGGGAGGAUUUGUACGAUAUAUUGCUUACAUCAUCCACUAACAAGAACAGUUUCAGUUUCAUUUC